AUGGAGCCUGAGGUCUCGGAGACUGAGUUCUGGACUGAACUCCAAACGAUCGUCUCCAAGCCCUGUGACUCCGAGGACGAGAUCGACGACGCCCUCCGAGCUUAUCUCAGUAUAGCGACUCAAUAUAAAGACGAAUACCUCCGGUCGGAAACCGAUAUCUCGCGUUGCUCCUACAAGCUCUUCACAUCGACUAUCUUCGCCUCCCAUGCCGAAUAUGUGCGACGACAGAUCCUGUACGGCCUCCUGCAGGAUGACGACCCGACUACCCUCCACUUUCUUGCGUCAUUCAUCCUCUUCGAUGGGCGACAAAAUGAGGUUGUGCUUCAGACGCUGAAUGAUGAAGGCGUAUUUGCGCGCCUUCUGGAGCUGAUUCAGGCCAUGCGAAGGGCGGAUUUGGACGGUGAUGCGGGUCUUCAUCGAUUGUUGAUGGACCUUGUAUAUGAGAUGUUGAGGAUACAGAGGGUCAAAAUUGAAGAUUUGGUUCUCGUGGACGACGAUUUCAUUCGAUGCCUGUUUGACAUUAUCGAGGAUCUUUCUGACGAUGUUACCGAUCCAUAUCAUUAUCCUGUCAUACGUGUUUUGCUAGUUUUGAACGAGCAAUUCAUGAUCUCGGCUCACGAUCCGGUGGAUGACCGGCCCUCUGGUCAAUUGACCAACAAGGUUAUCAAGAUCCUGUCGGCAUAUGGGGGGAUGUAUAAGACCUUUGGAGAGAACAUUAUUCUUCUUAUCAACCGUGAAGCCGAGACGUCUCUACAGUUGCUCACAUUGAAGCUCCUCUACCUCAUAUUCACAACUCCUAGCACAUAUGAGUACUUUUUCACGAAUGAUCUGCACGUUCUUGUGGAUAUUUUGAUCCGGAAUCUGUUCGAUCUACCCGAGGAGGCCUCUGCGCUGCGGCAUACCUACUUACGUGUCCUAUACCCGCUACUAGCUCACACACAGUUACGCCUCCCACCACACUAUAAGCGUGCUGAGCUCCGUAGGCUACUCAGUAUCCUUGUUCGAGGACAAGUUUCCUAUGGAGCCGAUUUAGAACAGGAGAAAAUCCUGCAUUUUGAAGAGGUAGAUGAGACCACACGUCGACUCGUGAAUCGAUGUGCGACAGUGGAUUGGCUACGCGAUGCCGAACAACCCGAAAAAGCAGAGACGCAAGAAACUCCCACUCAAUUAACGGUAACUACAAUCGAACCCAUCUUGGAUCAAUCCGUGCAGCAUGCGUCACCCAUAGAUAUCAGCGAGUCACCCGUCGUCACUCGCACUCUUUCGCGAGCGAGCACAAUCGCUAGCUCGUCUGAUACAGUCUCACCAACGAGAAUUGACUCGCGCGGCUCGUCUAAUGCACCUGGAAGUCGGGAACGCAGCUUAGCCCACCGGCUCGGCAUGAACUUGGAGCCAGCAUCCGCGUCUUCACUGAGCGUUCAGGCGGUUGCAGCACAACACGAAAAACCAGGUAUCAUCACUCCCAGUCGCAAAGAUGGUGCUGCCGCUCUCGACAACGAAACCCAAAUAAUUCGACCACCAAAGGUCAAACCCGAACCCCCAAAAUCUCGCCGGUGGCGCGGGCGCCGUCUGGGCGCGGAUGAAGAGGAGAACCCCUCCACAGGCACAAGCAGCGACGGAAACACCAUUCCCGAAGGCGUGGAAGUCAACCCCACUACCGCUUUGCACACCACCGCGCCCUCGUCGCAGGCACCUACCAGUUGUCGCCGUGACUCCGGCUCAGGUUCCACCCUUGCACCACCAGCUACACGACCGCGGCGGUCUGUAUCCAAUCCACCCCCAGCCCUCCCACCACCGCGCCGGUCCAGCCACACCACACCUUCCUCCAGCCAUCAUCGACCAGUAGUUCCCACCGCCGCGGCAGGCCGACAUGGACAAGCCCCUCUUCCGCCGAAAACGCGGCGUUCUGGUCGAGGCAAGGCACAGCAUGGACAGAGCGACUCAGUCGAGAGCGGAGCCAGCACUAUCAGUCCAUCAAAGGAGCCUGAGACAUCAAAGGAGCCCGAGGCUGUUGAAACGCCCGUUCCCCAACAAGCAGCAUCCCCCGAGAGCAGUGUCCAAUCAGACCCAUUCUCGCCAAAGUCUCCCGCGUUGCUGAUAUCGCCUUCCGAGAUCACCGCUGACGCAGAUAAAGAUGGCUCUGCGCCUCUCAGCGUGGAGGAGGCGGUCCAAAACGUCUCUUUGCAUUGA